AGGAACACUUAGAGGAACUUAUCAGUCCUUAAAGCAGAAAUCUGAGAUGGCCACUCACAGCGGCUUGACACUGGAUGUGGAUCUGAGAAGUCGUGAAAACAACUCAGCUCACCGGACGAAGGACAUCGAUCAAAAACGUCUGAUCGUUCGCAGGGGUCAGCCUUUCUCCAUAACCCUGCAAUGCUCCGAGUCCUUGCCACCGGAACACCACCUGGACCUGGUCCUGCACCUCGGUAAAAGAGAGGAAGUGGUGAUUCAGGUCCAGAGGGAGCGUGGGGCCGGCAACAGGUGGUGGUUUAACCAGCAGGGGGCGCAGGAUGAAAUGCUGCUGACUCUACACAGUCCAGCCGACGCCAUCAUCGGUCACUACCGUCUGGCUGUGCUACUGAUGUCACCUGAUGGACGUGUCAUCCAGGAAACGGAUGUAAUGAGCUUCCACCUGCUCUUCAACCCGUGGUGUAAAGGUGAUGUGGUGUACCUGCCCGAUGAGAGUCUGCUCCAGGAGUACAUCAUGAAUGAAGAUGGACGCAUCUACAUGGGAAGCUGGGAUUCUAUCGGCAGCAUUCCCUGGAAUUAUGGACAGUUUGAGGACGAUGUGAUGGACAUCUGCUUCGCGGUCCUGGACAACUCCAAAGAUGCUCUGAGGAACUCAAAGAUGGACAUGGAGCACAGAUGGGACCCCGUAUACGUCAGCAGGAUCAUCACUGCCAUGGUGAACUCUAACGGUGACAGAGGGGUGUUAACUGGACGCUGGAGGUCGCCAUACUCUGACGGAGUUGCACCCAACCGAUGGACCGGCAGCGUGCGCAUCCUCCAGGAAUGGAGCAAGGACGGAAACAGAGCCGUCAAGUACGGCCAGUGCUGGGUGUUUGCUGGUGUGGCCUGCACAGUGCUGCGCUGUCUGGGAAUCCCAACUCGCCUCAUCACCAACUUCUCUUCAGCCCACGACGUGGAUGGAAACCUCUCCGUAGACCACCUGGAGAACCUUGACAGCAGCGAAAGGCAGGACAGCAGCUGGAACUUCCACUGCUGGGUGGAGUCCUGGAUGAGGAGGCUGGAUCUCCCUGAAGGAAAUGAUGGAUGGCAGGUUUUGGACCCAACCCCUCAAGAACUGAGUGAUGGUGAGUUCUGCUGCGGUCCGUGUCCGGUGACGGCCAUCAAGGAGGGAAACCUGGGAGUGAAGUACGACGCGCCGUUUAUAUUUGCUGAGGUUAACGCUGACGUCAUCUACUGGAGGGUUCUACCAGACGGCCGCCGGCAGAAGAUCACAGUGGACCAGAGGAGUGUGGGGAGGAACAUCAGCACCAAAAGUGUUUACGACGACUCCAGAGAAGACGUCACUCUGCUUUACAAAUAUCCUGAAGGCUCUAAGAAGGAGAGGGAAGUGUAUGAGAAGGCAGGACGCAGGGUCACCGAACCGACCAAUGACAGAGCAGAACUGGCGAGACUGACGCUGUCAAUCAAACAUGCUAAACCCGUGUUUGGGACAGACUUCGAUGUGAUUACUGAGGUGAGGAAUGGAGGAGAUGAAGAUGCUCAUGUUAAGCUGACUGUCAUGGCCGUGGCUGUAACCUACAACUCUCUCCACCGCGGGGAGUGUCAGAAGCAGAGCAUGAACGUGACGGUUCCAGCUGGCCAAGCCCACAAAGAAGUUCUGCGUCUGCGCUACAAGGACUACGCCAGGUGUGUCUCUGAGCACCAUGUGAUCAGGGUGAAAAGUCUGGUGGAAGCUCAGGGGGAAAACAAACCCAUCAUGACCAUGGCUGAUAUCCUACUGAGCAUGCCUGAAGUCAUAAUCCAGGUUCCUGGGAAGGCUGUGGUUUGGCAACAAGUGAUGGCCUUCAUCUCCUUUAUCAAUCCUCUGCCGGUCCCUCUGAAGGGGGGUGUGUUCACUGUGGAGGGGGCUGGCCUGCUGUCUGCCACUCACAUCCAUGUAGAUGGUGAUAUUUUACCGGGCCAGACCGUCUCUGUGAGCUUAUCUUUCUCACCCACGAGGCCGGGGGUGAGAAAGCUCCUGGUGGACUUCGACUCUGACCGGCUGAAGAAUGUGAAGGGGGUCACCAAUGUGGUUGUCCACAAGAAAUCCAGAAGCAUCCCUGUGAUUACCGGAAUUUAUUAAAACCUGCGAGGCUUCCUGUUGCUCCAGGGUGAUUUUAUUUCAGUUUAUCUUUUUAUUUAUUCUGGUCUGAUCUGCUGGUCUGUGACUGAUGACCAGAAAUAUGCUGAGAUAAAAAAAAGAAUAUGAAUGUGGAGCAGUGCUCUGGAUCCAUGUUGGCCAGAUGUUCAUCACUGAAUCUUUCUGCACUCUUUUACUGUGUUUUAAUCCUAAAAGUUCUGCAUUUGUAUAAUGAUUCUGUAAAGUAAAAACUAAGCAUAUACUUUAAAUAAACA